AUGGCCAUAAGAGUCAAUGCCACAGCUACCCCUGCCAAGGCAGCCAUUAUAUUUGUUCACGGCUUAGGCGACACUGGUAGUGGAUGGUCAUGGUUCCCCUCUGUGGUUAAACAAGCCAACAUAGUGCAGAAAUGUGAUUCCAUCAACUACGUAUUCCCCAAUGCCCCUGUGAUCCCCAUUACUGCCAACGGGGGAGCCAGAAUGCCUGGAUGGUUUGACAUCAAGCAGUUUGGAGCGGUGGAUCAGCCCCAAAUCCAAGAUACCCCGGGGUUCAUGAAAAGCUGUGAGGUUCUUAAGUCCUUAGUUAAGGAACAGAUUGAGACUCACGGCAUUGCUCCAGAGAAGAUUCUUAUUGGUGGGUUUUCUCAAGGCGCAGCUAUCUCAUUGGCAACGUUGGCGUUGUUAGAUACCAAAAUCGGUGGAGAGAUCUGUUUAUCGGGGUUCAACCCUGUUCCUGAAGCCGUUAGGAAGGGUUGUAACAAGGACGGUAUUAUCAAUUUGGACACUCCGGUAUUCCAAGGUCACGGGACUCAGGAUCCGGUGAUUGAUCUUCUGUUUGCCCAAAGAGCUAGAGACUUUUACCAGUCAAUGGGGUUUGGUAGCUAUACUUACAAGGAGUACCCGGGGGUUGUGCAUACUGUUGCAGAGGAUGAGCUUAUUGAUGUCAUGAAGUUUAUACAAGGUAUUCUUCAGUUGUAG